AUGGAUCCACUACUGCUGCACCUCUUCUUCAUCGUCACUCUACUCUUCACCUGCGGUGAUGCGGCUCCUACGAGCUCGGCUGCUCCUGCAGUCACUAUUGAUUCUGGAGUCGUGGUCGGCGUUGCAACAUCACCUGCAGGAUCUUCUGCUACGGUGAACAAAUAUCUAGGAAUUCCAUUUGCAGCUUCUCCCACUCGCUUUGCUCCAGCCGUCAAGCCGACGCCAUGGAAAUCGCCUCUUCAUGCCACCAAGUACGGUCCCGCAUGUAUUCAACAAUUUAAUUAUCCUGAGGUUGCGCGGAACAGAUCGAUCGCAUGGUUCAAUACGCCUCCUCCGCCAGCCGGAGAGAGCGAGGAUUGUCUAAACUUGAAUGUCUACGUCCCUGGAACGCCGGGAAGGAAUAAGACUGUCAUGGCUUGGAUUUAUGGUGGCAGCCUGCGAAUAGGGGCAAAUUCCCUCCCUGCGUACGAUGGUACGUCGUUCGCCGCGAAUCAAGAUGUUAUUGUUGUAUCGUUGAAUUACCGUACGAAUGUCUUUGGGUUCCCGAACUCCCCAGAACUACCCCUGACGAAACGAAACUUAGGAUUUCUCGACCAAAGAUUUGCUCUUAAUUGGAUUCAGAGAAAUAUUGCAGCAUUCGGCGGCGACCCAAAGAAGGUGACUAUCUUCGGUGAAAGCGCUGGAGGUGGAAGUGUUGACGUUCUCGUCACAACCUACCCUGAAAACCCACCAUUCCGCGCGGCUAUCAUAGAGUCGGGCCAAGCGACAUCCUACGUGAAUACGACCAACGCACCAACGGGUUGGCUGGCCUUAGCUGCUGCAUUAAACUGCACAACUACUCACCCACAUUCGAAUCUGACCUGCCUACGAAACCAAACAGCCUCCACUCUGAAAUACACCAUCGAGCAUUUGGCACUCCCAUUCCGCCCGGUCACAGACAAUGCGACGACUCUACGCUACCCCGAAGACGCUCGACUGAAUCAAUCGAUUGCCCCCGUACCGAUAUUAGCGGGCACGAAUGCCGACGAGGCUUCGCUGUUCGUGGUCGGACAGACCAAUGCCUCCGCAUAUGUUGAAUCGUUAUUCCCAAACCAACCUAAGCUCAACAACGCCAUCCUAGCAGCCUACCCUGCCUCAUCGGCCGAACAGGUCGUAGAGAUCGUCACCGACUUCACAUUCCAGUGUCCUGUGGGUAUAUUGACCAACGACAGCCGUACUGCUGGUUUUUCCACCUGGCGGUACUAUUACAACGCGACCUUCCCGAACGUCAACCUUACUGGACUCCCUGACGCGGGCGUCUUCCACAGCAGUGAGAUCUCGAUUGUCUUUGGCACUUAUUCACGCACGAAUGCCACAGAAGAUGAAAGAGCGUUGAGUCAGUAUAUGCAGAACGUCUGGGCGACUUUUGCGAAGAAUCCGCAGGGAGGGCCGGGGUGGGAGAGUGUACCUGGCGUGGCAGCAUUAGGGAGCAAUGGCGUCCUGAAGACGAUGACUACCGCUGGAAAACUAGAUACCCGAUGUCCAUUGUACAGAGACGCUUAUGAGGCUGUGGGAAUUGCGCCUAAGAGCGACGGUUGA